AGGCUGUGAGAGCCCCUUAUCUCCAAAACGCCUCACUGGUCUCGCUGCAGUGUUGGAAAGGCCCAUCAUGCAUGGUUCCUCUGAGGCCACUGUAAGAGUGCAGAUGGGUUAUUAUAUUUUGGAGAGAGAGUAAGUCAUUGUGCUAGAGAGGGACUGGGCCACGAGGAGAUGAGGACAGUCUCACCAGUCUCCCAUCCAGACUCCCCUGCUUGGAGAAAAGAGGACCCCUGCCCAUCUCCUCUGUCUGCCCCAGGGACCUGGAGACGCAGGCAUCCCUUCCCAGAAGCCCAGGAGGAGGAAGAAGAAGAGGAGGAUAAGUAUGAGCUGCCCCCCUGUGAGGCUCUGCCCCGCCACCUAGCCCCCGCCCACCUUCCUGGCACUGAGGAGGACUCUUUGUACUUGGAUCACUCUGGCCCCCUGGGCCCUCCCACGUCACCACCACCACCGCCACCACCACCGCCGCCACCGCAGCCCCAGCCCAAGAUGAUGAACAGCCUCCCCACCUGCCCCACCCCAGGCUACCAUUUCCCAGUGAGUAAAUCUAAGAGGCAUCUCAUUUGCAAGAUUCCCCCACCCCAAGGCUGCGUGGAGCCCGCCGGAGGCCACAAAGCUGAGCUGGUCCUUUGGGAGGCGAGGCCCUGGCGGGGCGCCAGCCAGUGUCCUUCUGGGGGGGGGCCUCGCCCAGAGCUCCUCUUGGGCGCUCACGCUGAGCACAGGACGGGGGAGGUGCUCAUGGGCGCCCCCUUCCGGUCAAAGGAGCACUUUCAAUCAUUCCAAGUCCACCUUGUGGGCGGCGGGGUGGGGGCGGGGGUGCCGGGCCCAGCAAAGAAGCGCGAGGAGGACAUAUACCUAGAUUGUGAGCCCAAUCCAUUCCCCGCCUUGCCUCAGACUCUGAGCUCGCAAGUCCUGAGGCCCCCAGUCCCUCUACCAAGGACAUCAGUGGGGCCCAGGCCCACCACAGCCCCCCAGGAAGCUCGGAAUGGAGCGUCAAAUGCCACCUCUAAAGGAAGGAGAGCCUCCCUUUGCUCUGUAGCUGCCACCCAGAACUCCUCAGCUGCCGAGGAAGGAGAUCUGCUGGGCCAGCCUUGGUACUCAGGGAACUGUGACCGCCAUGCUGUUGAGAGUGCCCUGCUCCGAUGCCAAAAGGACGGGGCCUACACUGUGCGCCCCAGCUCAGACCCUCGUGGUUCUCAGCCCUUCACCCUGGCAGUACUUCUCCACGGCCGGGUCUUCAACAUUCCCAUCCGCCGGCUGGAUGGCGGGCGCCACUACGCUUUGGGCCGGGAAGGCAGGAACCACGAGGAGCUCUUCUCCUCCGUGGCCGCCAUGGUCCAGAACUACCUGCAGCAACCCCUACCGCUCGUAGACAGACACAGCGGCAGCCGGCAGCUCACCUGCCUGAUCUUCCCCACCAAGCCCUGAAGCCACAGAGCACGUGCACCUUGGCCUCCGGUUCCAUAGUUGGCUCCUCAGGCUGUCUCCCUCUCCUCUCCCAGGUCUUCACCCCGCCAGGCCCCGCUCCCCCAUCCCGUGCCCCAGUCCCUCCCUGCAGGCCUCCCUGAGAGGCAUUGAGAAGGGUCGCCCGGAGACAGAAAGGGUCCCUAAGAUCCCACCCCAUGCGAGAGCCUGGCACGGCCACUCCCUGCUGCACCUCCAAGACUGCGAAGCAGGGGACAGGCAGGGCCUCCUUUCCCGGCCCCCAGGCAUGGCCU